AUGUCAAACUUUAACCGGCUAAACCCACCCGUUAACAUUAAUGGCACCCGUGGUGUUCCUUCCACACGUCCACCUCCACCUGUGGACGAUGGUGCACCGAAAAUGACAAAAAGGACGUGUGCACGUUGCAAGGAAUCCAAUAAGUGCAUCAAAUUGUUAUACUCAAGAAUUGGAAGAAUAGAAGAUUUGGUGAACUCCUUGGCCGUAAGCACGAAGACCAAAGCGGAUGUCAAGGACCCACAAUCCACCUCCGCUUCGGGGAUUCCACAAAUUCUCGUCUCUCAACCACAAGGAGAGUCAAAUUUGCCGCAUUACGAUGCCGGCAGAAAUGAUUUUUCCGAUUUUAGCCUUGACGACAUACAGCACUUUAUUAUAGCGUUCACAAACUCUAUCGUAUCUGCCAACGUCCAGAGGGAUUCAAAUCCUUCCAUAAACGAUCGAUACUUCUCCGCUCAAAACUAG